GCACACACACGCAGGCAGGGCCUCGGAGGCCGAGGGCGGGGCCGGCGGGGACCUGAGGCCGAGGCACAGCGGCCCGAACCGGGCCAUGGCGAAGCUGCUGAGCUGCGUCCUCGGCCCCCGGCUCUACAAGAUCUACCGGGAGAGAGACACGGAUCGGGCCGCGUCCAGCGUCCCCGAGACGCCCACCGCCGUCCCCGCCCCCUCCUCCAGCUCCUGGGAUACCUAUUAUCAGCCCCGUGCCCUGGAGAAGCAUGCUGACAGCGUCCUGGCGCUGGCUUCCGUCUUCUGGUCCAUCUCUUAUUACUCCUCUCCCUUCGCCUUCUUCUACUUAUACAGGAAAGGUUACUUGAGUUUAUCCAAAGUGGUGCCGUUUUCUCACUAUGCCGGGACAUUGCUGCUUCUGCUGGCAGGGGUGGCCUGCCUCCGAGGCAUCGGUCGCUGGACCAACCCCCAGUACCGGCAGUUCAUCACCAUCUUGGAAGCCACACAUCGGAACCAGUCUGCAGAAAACAAGAGGCAGCUGGCCAACUAUAACUUCGACUUCAGGAGCUGGCCGGUUGACUUCCACUGGGAGGAGCCCAGCAGCCGCAAGGGGUCCCGAGGUGGCCAUUCCCGCAGGGGCGUGGCCCUGCUCCGCCCAGAGCCUCUGCACCGGGGAACAGCAGACACAUUCCUCAACAGGGUCAAGAAGCUGCCAUGCCAGAUUACCAGCUACCUGGUGGCACAUACGCUGGGGCGCCGGAUGCUGUACCCAGGCUCUGUGUACCUGCUCCAGAAGGCGCUCAUGCCUGUGCUGCUGCAGGGCCAGGCCCGCCUGGUGGAAGAGUGUAAUGGGCGCCGGGCAAAAUUGCUCGCCUGCGAUGGUAAUGAGAUUGACACCAUGUUUGUGGACCGGCGGGGGACAGCUGAGCCCCAGGGGCAGAAGUUGGUGAUCUGCUGUGAGGGAAAUGCGGGGUUCUACGAGGUGGGCUGUGUCUCCACACCCCUAGAAGCUGGCUACUCCGUCUUGGGCUGGAAUCACCCCGGCUUUGCUGGAAGCACGGGGGUACCAUUCCCACAAAAUGAGGCCAAUGCCAUGGAUGUGGUAGUUCAGUUUGCCAUCCACCGCCUGGGCUUCCAGCCCCAGGAUAUUGUCAUCUACGCCUGGUCCAUCGGAGGCUUCACUGCCACGUGGGCAGCCAUGUCCUACCCAGACAUCAGUGCUGUUAUCCUGGACGCCUCCUUUGAUGAUUUGGUGCCCUUGGCCCUGAAGGUCAUGCCCGACAGCUGGAGUGAGUGCAGCUCCCCUGCUUGUUCUGGGAGAGGAGUGGCCAGCACUGGGGUCUUCAGGCUAGGAGUCCUGGUGACCAGGACUGUGAGGCAGCACCUCAACCUCAACAACUCGGAACAGCUGUGUAGGUUCCAGGGCCCUGUGCUGCUGAUCCGCAGAACCAAGGAUGAGAUCAUCACCACCACGGUUCCUGAGGACAUCAUGUCCAACAGAGGCAAUGACCUCCUGCUGAAGCUCCUGCAGUUCCGGUACCCUCAAGUGAUGGUGGAGGAGGGGCUCCGAGCUGUGAAGCAGUGGUUGGAGGCCUCGACCCAGAUGGAGGAAGCUUCCGUUUACAGUCGGUGGGAGGUGGAGGAGGACUGGUGUCUGUCAGUGCUCCGCUCCUACCAGGCAGAGCAUGGGCCCGACUUCCCCUGGAGUGUGGGGGAGGACAUGAGUGCAGAUGGGCGGAGGCAGCUGGCGCUGUUUCUGGCCCGGAAGCAUCUGCACAACUUUGAAGCCACGCACUGCACCCCACUCCCAGCCCAGCACUUCCAGAUGCCCUGGCACCUCUAGGGACCACAUUUAGACUCUUCUGGAAGGACGAGAUGGGAGGAGACGUGAGGGGACGUUUUGUGAUUCUCUCUAUUGAUGUUGCUGUUUAUAGUCUGGGCAGUGGGGGCUGCCCCUCUGACCACUGUCCUCUUGCACGUUCCCCUCAUCCACAUGGACGCACUAGCGCUCCCCAGCACACACCCUGCAUUAAAUGAAUGAUUUAUUCCUAAUAAUUAAUAAAAAGGUAUUUUUUCUACUA